AUGUGCCUAGCUGCUGCUGUUGUCUAUGGCUUGCCCCUCAACAAGACGAAUGUCAAUGCUGUUGUCGUUGAAGAACACCUUGCCACCGGUGACUUGAGCUUACCCGAUGGCUUCAUGUUUGGCUCGUCCAGUGCUGCGACUCAAAUUGAAGAAAAUAAUACAAAUACCGACUGGUGGUGGUAUGGAGCUCCCGAGGCGGAUGGGAGUCUGGGCAAGCUGAAGAACCCUGUCGGUGACGCAGCCAUGAGCUACAGUAUGACGUCAGAAGAUAUAUAUCUUAUGAAAGCGAUGGGUCUGAAUUCAUACCGUUUUUUCCAUCGAAUGGGGUCGCGUCUGGCCGAAUGGCCCAAACGCCAGUUAUGAUAGGGAUGCUAAUGCACAUAAUCGUAAGCAG